GUGUGUGUGUGUGUGUGUGUGUGAAAGUUUGGUAGGUUGCUUGGUUUGGGGCUGCGACAGAGAAGGCCGUGACGACCCUUUUAUAUCUUGGCGCAACUCACGUACAACAACCACGUACACACAAUAGCCUUAAAAAAAAAAGAAAAAAAAAGUAAACAGAAGACAAGGACAACACACAUUCUGCUCUGUUCACAUUCUCCAUCUACUUUCCCCCUCCUUCCCCUCUUUUGCAACAAACGAUUUCACAACCAUGGCCAAAGGUCUUAGGUCUAAGUCUGCUCGCAAAUUCCGUGCUAUCAAGCGCGAGAACGUCUUUGGUCCUGUCGAGACCGCCCGUGUGCACCGCCUGGCCGAGCGUCUGAAGAAGGACGCCCAGGGCCCCAAGACCUCGGAACUUGAGGCUAUCGCCCGCGGCGAGGAGCUCAUGCAGGUUGAAAAACCUGAGGAUACCGACAUGGCGGAGGAUAAAAAGAUCUCGACCAGUGGUCGCAAGGAUGCCAACCACGCUAAGCACAAGUUGGGCAAGGAGGAUAGGAAAAAGAAGAACAAGGAGAAACUGUCUAAGCGUGAGCUCAAGAAGAGGUCCACAUUCUUCCGCUUCCACAAGUAAAAAAAAAAAGGCAAAGACGAGCGAACGGAUCACUCGAAACGACGCUUUUUUUAGCACCAUUUGGAUAUCCCAACCUAAAACACAGUUACUGUUCGUCCUUUGGCAUGGUUUCUGCAGCGCAUUACUCUAUCCGACUCCUUCCCUUUCAUUAGAACGCAUUUACUUUUCCUUUCAAUUGUACUUCUAGCAAUAAAAUAAAAUAACUCAAUUCAAAAA